AUGCUCCGUUGUCAACGUUUAAUUCACCUUCGCCAACCAUUGACACGACACAACAGCACACAUGCGAAAUCCCAGCAACUUCUUCAACCGGUUGCCGCUGACAUGAUUGGGACGCCUGAUCCAGUCACCAACUUACGACCUGUACGAUACUACGUUCCACCAGACGAAACACAAGAGGAGAAAGAAUGGCGGUUACAACAGCAACGAGUCGACGAAUACAAUCAAAGCUUUUGGAGGAAGAACAAUACCAUGUUUACUGAAGCAAAAGCAGAGUAUGAAGAGAAAUUACGACAAAACGGAGAACAAGUGACAGCAGAAGCCAUGUCAGUGUUUUACAAGGACUUUUUGAACAAGGCAUACGAACGACAAAUGGAAUACAAUCGCACGUGGUGGAAGUUGAACAUUGGGUUACUUUAUCCUGGAUUCAAGGCAUCAUGGCGAUGGAUCACCAAAUCGCGUAGUCAACCGCGUUCCUCCAUACAAAAAGAGACAAACUUUUGGGCAAAGAGCUUUGAAUCAUGA